AUGAGCUAUAGCAACGUAUUGGAUUAUGGCAACUUCCCCGAAUGCCUCUCAAUUAAUUACAACAACGGUGAAAUUAUCGGGAAAUAUUGUGGCUAUUCUGUGAUUAUCGUUAAUGUUUUAUUGACACCACAAAUCGACGAAAUUUUGAAAAGUUUCAACAUUGACACAACUAAACCCACACAAGAGAUUUCUUUCCAACUCGUUCCGAAAUUGCAAGCGAAAUUGCGGGAUGUUCUAGUCCCCGAUAUUCCUUACGUCCUUUCGAAAUACUCGAAUUGUGUUCCCGACGCUUGCACCCCUCGUGAAGUGGGCUAUUUUUUUUUGUACGGGCAUUUCAAUGACAUUAUCGGGCGAUUAUUUAACGUUUCGUUGAUAAUUUACACGAAUUUACCGUGUGAAACAGUCAAUUCAAAUACUGAUUACGAAGUUGGAGAUAUUGCAGCAAUGGUUUUUUUUGUGGUGAUUGGGCUUUUGUUGAUUGCUAGUACUGGAUAUGAAGCUUUGUGUCAAAAUUUCAAAAGUGAGCCUCUUCAUCCAAUUCUUUUCUCAUUUUCGAUUCUCACAAAUGGGAAAAAAUUGCUCGCUAUUAGUGACAAUACAACUGAACAAAUUCAGUGUUUUAACGGAAUGAGAUUUAUUAGUAUGAUGUGGGUGUUGGCUUUGCAUGCUAAAAGUCCCUAUGAAGUGGGAGGAAUUCCUUUGGAAAAUUACCCAGAUGCGAAAAAGUGGACUCAAAAUUGGACUUCACAAUACAUUGCAGCUGGACCACUUGCUGUUGAUACAUUUUUUUUCAUUACUGGUUUUUUACAAUCUUUUACUUAUUUGAAAAAAUCAUGUGAUGAAAAAUUCGUGGAUCAAGUACGAAAAGUUCCUAAAAUGUAUCUACAUCGAUAUUUGAGACUUAUACCAAGUGUGGCAGCUUUGUAUCUUGCUACAAUCACAAUUUUUCGAUUUUUUGGCAGCGGACCCAUUUGGAGUCUCAUUGCAGAUUUAAUGAAGCGAGUUUGUAAAAAAAAAUGGUGGCAGUUUUUCCUUUAUGUACAAAAUUACAUUGAUCCUGAUGAAAUAUGUCUCCCUCCAACAUGGUACCUUUCAGCUGACAUGCAGAUGUUCAUUUUAGCACCUUUGGUUCUUAUACCAAUGGCUCUUUUUAUCAAAAAGCGAUUUAAAAUUGUGAUACAAGCACUAGUAACUCUAACAAUUAUAUCAAUUGUGGUUCCCAUACUUUUACAGAAUUUUGUCGAUCAAGGACCUGGAAUCACAAACGCAACACACACUAGAUUCAAUAAUUAUCUAAUUGGGAUGAUUUUUGGGGCCACGUUGCGUAUGAAAAAACAAAAACCCUACAUUUUCAAGCCUUGGGUGAAUGUUGCACUCUGGAUUCUAGUUAUUGUAGUUUCUUUAGCAUUGAUAAUUUUUUGGUUUGAUGUUAAUACGAAUUAUGAGCUUGUGAAAUAUUCACUUUUUUAUGGAUUUUAUCGACCGGUUUGGUGUUUAUGUUUGGUUUUUAUGGUCUAUUCGUGUUAUCACAACCAAGGUGGAAUUAUACAAUGGUUUUUGCAAAGACCGAUCUUUCAGAUCUUAGGACGAUUGUCUUAUUGUAUGUACGUUUUGCAUAUAAUGGUGGAAAUUUACGCGUUGGGAAUUUUAAAGACUCCCAACUAUUUCAGCAAUUAUGUGUUGUUUUAUAACUGGUGUGGCCACAUUAUAGUGACUAUGAUACUGGCGGUUGUAUGGGUGUUAGCUUUUGAAUUCCCAAUGCUCAGUAUUGAUAAAUAUAUUCUCGGGGACGAAAGUGCGAGAAAAAAGAAAUAAUUACUUUUUGUCCAACAUUUUUAUUUCUUUAAUAAAAAGUCUGUUAUAAGGUAGUUUCUGUUAGCAGUUUCCUAUUGUGUU